AUGUUAGUCUCAGACUGUUGGGAUGCCCUGAAAAAUCGGAUACAAGGGAAAGAAGAACCUGUCAUGAAAUAUUUCCAAGAAAAGGUACGUUGGUGUAGAGAACUAUCACUUGGUUUUUCCGAAACACGAGACUAUGUAAUUCGGGGACUGAACAAGUGGGAACUCGCGCAAUAUGCGUUAGGAAGAGAUCACAAAGAUCUAGACGAUUUAUUACAUGAUUUACUAGACUGGACUCGCAUGUAUACGGUCCGUGGUGAACAAACGAGGUAUGUAAAACCAGAUAAAGACGUGAAAAAAGAUUUUGGACCACGAAGCUACAAAUUUGUACCGAAAUCGAACGACGAUGCGGGUGCAAAGGCGACGGAAACGGCUGACAUCGCCGGGGGAUCGUCAGAACACGAGCCAAGUUGUUGGAAAUGUCAUAAAGUGGGACAUGUUCCGAAGGACUGUCCUGUGAAACACAAAAGUGCCGUGAAGUGUUAUUCAUGUCAAGGAGAAGGACAUUUUGCGAGACAAUGUCCAAAGCGGCGGACGACGAAUUCGGUGGCGGAACCUAAAAAAAUCGCUUCACAUCCUUAUGAAAAAUGUGGGACGGUCAACGGGCAGAGUGUGAAAGUUUUGAUUGAUACGGGCAGUCAUUAUUCAUUAAUUAAGACUUCAAUCGCAGAAAAAUGUAGACUCCCGAUAACUGAAAUCAACACUAGUUUGUAUGGAAUUGGUGACGUGAACAAUCCCUCAGUGACUAUUAGUGGUAGGAUAGUGUCCACAAUUGUCGUUGAUGAAGUAGAGGCGGGUCCUGUACAAUUGCUGAUAGUUCCGGAUAAUGCACAACAAUCAGAUGUAAUCGUCGGACGGAAUUGGCUUGACGAUCCAGCAGUACUUUAUUGGAAAGAAGAUGGACAAAUGAAAUUAGCAAAGUCAAAAGACCAAAUUGGGAUACGAGACACCACAGCUACGAGUGUAGACGGACAUAUCGAUGUAUUACAAGUGAUCGCGUUGGACAGUGGAGUGGAUAGACGACCAUUGACCAUUGAUGAUUUCAAGUAUGUAAAUGCUGAAGUAACACCAAAUGAGCAACGCUCACUGAUAGAUUUAGUUAACGAGUACAGAGACUGUUUCGCGCUUAAUUUAAAAGAAUUAGGUUGUACUAGUUUGACUAAGAUGGAACUACAUGAGGUAGAAGGCAGUGCGCCUGUGGUCUGUCGUCCUUAUAAGACUACAGCGACCGAUCGGGAAGCGAUCGCUGAGAUUGUACGAGACUGGAAGGAACAUGGAAUAGUAGUUGAAACAGAGUCGCAGUAUGCAAGUCCAGUCAUAUUAGUGAAACAAGGUGACAAAAAUCGACUGUGUGUUGACUACAGACAACUGAAUAAACAGGUGAAGAGGCACAACUUCCCACUACCGGAUAUGCAUGAACAAGUCGAGGCAUUGGCGACAGGCAAGUACUUCGUGCAGUUGGAUUUGGCGACUGGUUAUCUUCAAUUACCAUUAACCGAAGACGCUCAGGAGAAGACUGCGUUCGUCACGCCUGACGACACAGGACAGUUCACACGCAUGCCGUUUGGGUUGGCGGAGCACCUGGAGAGUUUACGAGACUAA